GUCUCAUGUAUCAACCUUGCGUACGCACAAAAACUUUGCGUACGCCAGCUUUCACGCUCACGGUCGGAUGUACUAACAGUGAAAUUAACGCAAGAAUGUGCGUUCCUCCAAGCCAAUUUCAUGUCUGGCGUACGUUCAUUUCUCAUUGUUUUUGUCCGUUGGCGACUCUUACAGGCAAUAAAGUGAAGUUGCAAACAUUACACAACAAAUUGUUCUACAAGUCUCGCACCACCACCUGUGGGAAGCAUUGCAAUUAAUUUGCAAUUUAUAAAAUAAUUGACAUAUAUUGUCACACAAGCCUUUUUAUAAUUAUAUAAAUUAUGCAAUUAAAUAAGUACAUAUAAAAGCAUAACGGUUGAAACAACCCUUAGUCUAUGGCAAUGGCAGCGUUGGCCUUAUUAGAGGACAUUGCUAAUGGCAGAAUCAGAAGAGAACGAGUUUUUAGGGACCACAAUGAUUUUCUGGCCCAGGAUGAUGACUGGCUUAUCAGCCGUUUCAGAUUUCCAAGGGCUGUCCUCUUGGAGCUCUGUGCUGAGUUGGGUCCGAAUCUAGAGAGAGAGACAAUGAGGAGCCACGCAAUACCCGUUCCCUUGCAGGUGCUGACAACACUUGGUUUCCUGGCAACUGGUUCUUUCCAAAGGGAACUGGCAGACCGCUCAGGAAUAAGCCAGUCGUCUUUGAGCCGGGCAAUGCCAGCGGUAUGGGACGGGAUCAUCCGCAUGUCUACCAGGUAUAUAAGGUUCCCAUAUAAUGCAGUUGACCAGCCAAACAUUAAAAUGCAAUUUGCAGCGAUAGCCGGUUUUCCUAAUGUUAUCGGAGCGAUCGACUGCACACACAUUGCAAUAAAGGCGCCAUCUGAAGAAGAAUUUGCAUAUGUGAAUCGGAAACAUUUCCAUUCAAUAAAUGUGCAGAUAAUAUGUGAUGCACAAAUGCGCCUAACAAAUAUUGUGGCAAGGUGGCCUGGGUCAACCCAUGAUUCAUACAUCCUUACAAACAGCAUGGUUGGGAUGAGGCUCCAAGCUGGCAGGGUGCGUGAUGGGUGGCUUCUUGGAGACCGCGGUUAUCCACUAAAGACGUGGCUUUUAACCCCCCUCACCAACCCACAAACUGACCGAGAGCGCAGAUACAAUAAUGCCCAUUCUCGCACUCGUUCAGUUGUAGAGCGGGCGAUUGGGCAGCUGAAAUGUCGGUGGCGCUGCCUUGACAGGACUGGGGGAUGUUGUUAUACCGCCCUGACAAGGUGUGCCGCAUUGUGCUGGCCUGUGGUGUGCUGCACAAUGUCGCGCAUAGGCAUGGCAUACCACUUGGUGAGGUGGCAGCACCGCCAGAUGACCCCGACCCAGGACCAAUUUAUGUGCAGCCCAACCAACAAGCCGUUCAUGCCCGCCAACAUGUGAUUGCGACAAUAUAAAUGGUAAUCAGAGACAAAAGUUCACUUUUUGACCAAUUCCUUUAAUGAGUGGCUUAUGUCUGUGAGUGCGUCAGUGAUAUUUUUCAGGUGACUGUUAAUUUCCCCGAUGGCCAUAAUGAUUUGCUGUUGUGACUCCAAAACAGCAUGUGUCAAAACGCGACCAGACGGACGGGCGUCAGCACUGGGGAGAGCACUGGAAACGCUGGGCACAGUGGGCGCUGGCUGCUCAGGAGGGGCGGACUCCGAGUGCCCCUCCUGGGAAGUGGAUGUUUCGGCUGUUGCGCCAUAUGGGUCUAAAUAAAAAGGCAAAUGUUAACUGUAAUUUAAGUACGUUCCAUUUUUAAGGGGCACACACAUUUGCAAUAAAUGAAAUGGAUCCGUAAAAUCUCUGGUGUAUACUUUUGGUUCGCUACACUGAAUGCAUUUGACAAUGAAAUAUAGGUACGCUAUAUGUACCAAAGUAAAAACAAACGAGAAAUUGGUUACCUUCGUCGCAAUCCUGUAAAUCGGAGUCUCCCACAGCAGAAGAUAAUACUCCAGAGAGUAAAGUGUCACCCAUAAUUGAGGCAACUCUCUGCUCAAAGGGUGUAAGUUCAUCGACCCCUUUACCACUGCCUGUCCUGCCCACACUUUGUCGGUGCGCAGCAGUUCUCCGUUUAACGUCCACCUUUAUAUCAGACCAUUUCUUUUUAAGCUCAUUUACAGUGCGUCUUUCAGAUCCCACUGCAUUGACGGCUUCAGCCAAACUCUCCCACUCAUAUUUUUUCCUUUUGUUAUUAAUUCCAGAGGACAACGUUCCAAAUAAAAUAUGUUUUCUAGUCUCUACCUCCGAUAGUAGCACCUCCAAUUCACUUUCAGUAAACUUUCGUUUCUUGCCGCUUGCCUUAGCCAUUUUCUUACUGCUAUCUUUUGCCAAAGUGGACUCAUUACCAUAUUUAAAUUGAUUUAAUUAGGGGAGGAGACUGGGUGGGGCGUUGUGCUCGUGCAUGUGCGCUCAAUUUUACGUUAAUUGGGAUGUACAAAGAGAAUAUGCGUGGAAUCCUUCGUACGCAGAGAUUCAUACAUCUGUUUUUUUUUGUGCGUACGCACAUUUACAGCUUUGUCCGUACGCAAUGUUUUAGUAUGAAUUCAACGCAAGUCUUUGUACAUGAGGCCCC